GCCAUCUCUCCCGCUUCCCAGGGAGCCACUGCCAGGACCUCGGUGAACCGGUCAGGGCGGGGGCCGCCUGGCCCGGAGUCUGCUCGGCGGUGGGUGGCUGAGGAAGGGAGUGAGCGAUCGCGGAGCAGGGCGCCCAAACUCCGGGCGCCGCGCCAUGCGCCGGGCCAGCCGAGACUACGGCAAGUACCUGCGCAGCUCAGAGGAGAUGGGCAGCUGCCCCGGCGUCCCACACGAGGGUCCGCUGCACCCCGCGCCUUCAGCACCGGCUGCGGCGCCGCCCCCCGCCGCCUCCCGUUCCAUGUUCCUGGCCCUCCUGGGGCUGGGACUGGGCCAGGUGGUUUGCAGCAUCGCUCUGUUCCUGUACUUUCGUGCACAGAUGGACCCUAACAGAAUAUCAGAAGACAGCACUCACUGCUUCUAUAGAAUUCUGAGACUCCAUGAAAACACAGGUUUGCAGGACUCGACUCUGGAGAGCGAAGACCCAGAAGCACUGCCUGACUCAUGCAGGAGAAUGAAACAAGCCUUUCAAGGGGCCGUGCAAAAGGAAUUACAACAUAUUGUGGGGCCACAGCGCUUCUCAGGAGUUCCAGCUAUGAUGGAAGGUUCAUGGUUCGAUGUGGCCCAGCGGGGCAAGCCUGAGGCUCAGCCAUUUGCACACCUCACCAUCAAUGCUGCGAACAUACCAUCGGGUUCCCAUAAAGUCACUCUGUCCUCUUGGUACCAUGAUCGAGGCUGGGCCAAGAUCUCUAACAUGACGUUAAGCAACGGAAAACUAAGGGUUAACCAAGAUGGCUUCUAUUACCUCUAUGCCAACAUUUGUUUUCGGCAUCACGAAACAUCAGGAAACGUCCCUGCAGACUAUCUUCAGCUGAUGGUGUAUGUCGUUAAAACCAGCAUCAAAAUCCCAAGUUCUCAUAACCUGAUGAAAGGAGGGAGCACGAAAAACUGGUCAGGAAAUUCCGAAUUCCACUUUUAUUCCAUAAAUGUUGGGGGAUUUUUCAAGCUCCGAGCUGGUGAAGAAAUUAGCAUUCAGGUGUCCAACCCUUCCCUGCUGGAUCCGGAUCAAGAUGCGACGUACUUUGGGGCUUUCAAAGUUCAAGACAUAGACUGAGACUCAUUUUGUGGAGCACUAGCAUGGAUAUCCUAGAUGUCUGGAAACUUCUUAAAACAUGGAUGAUGUAUAGACAUGUGUAAGACUACUAAGGGGCAUGGCCCAUGCUGUACAAAACUCACGGUCCUCUCUCUUGACCUUGUACAAGUCAUGUAAAUGUAAAGUCCAUAGGGGAUGUAGACUCAUGGUGAUGACACAGCGGUUUUACAAUUUUGUAAUGAAUUCCUAGAAUUAAACCAGUUUGGGGAAAGUAUACCGAUGCUUAUGAAACUGCACGUGAGCUAUGGAAGGGGGUCAUAGUCUCUGGGCCUAACUCCUGGACACGUGCCACCGAGAACCUCGAAAUUAAGAGGGCGCCGUUUCAUUGCAGAGAAAUGAUAGUUGGAAGGGUUAAGUUCUUUUGAAUUGUUACGUUGUGCUGGAACCUGCAAGUAAGUUCUUUUUUCUAAUGAGGAGAGAAAAUAUAUGUAUUUUUAUAUAAUAUCUAAAGUUAUAUUUCAGGUGUAAUGUUUUCUGUGCAAAGUAUUGUAAAUUAUAUUUGUGCUAUAGUAUUUGAUUGAAAAUAUUUAAAAAUGUCUCACUGUUGACAUAUUUAAUGUUUUAAAUGUACAGAUGUAUUUAACUGGUGCACUUUGUAAUUCUCCUGAGGGCACUUGUAGCUAAGGGGGAAGGAUACUGUUUCUGGUGACCACACGUAGUUUGUUUCUCUAUUCUUUUUAACUUAAUAGAGUUUUCAGACUUGUCAAGCCUAUGCAAGCAAAAAAAAUUAAUAUGAAUACCUUGAAUAAUAAGUAGGAUGUUGGUCACCAGGUGCCUUUCAAAUUUAGAAGCUAAUUGACUUUAGGAGCUGACAUAGCCAAAAAGGAUACAUAAUAGGCUACUGAAAUCUGUCAGGAGUAUUUAUGUAAUUAUUGAACAGGUGUCUUUUUCUACAAGAGCUACAAACUGUAAAUUUUGUUUCUUUUUUUUUUUUUAAAUAGAAAAGUACUGUAGUUUAUCAGCCAAAAACCAAUCCACUUUUUAAUUUAGUGAAAGUUAUUUUAUUAUACUGUACAAUAAAAGCAUUGUCUCUGAAUGUUAAUUUUGGUACAAAAAUAAAUUUGUAUGAAACCUG